UUCCACACGUGUGUACCAUGGAAUGUAAUAUUGCAUUUUAGAGAAUUUGGCCGGCUAGGUUACUACAUUUGUAACUGUCUAACAAAUUCAAGGACACAAAAUAGCCAUAACAGUUUUAAUAAUAAAAUGGCUGAAAUAAUCCAACAGCGGGUUGAAGACCGAAUUCCGGAGUUGGAACAGUUGGAGAGAGUUGGGCUGUUCACCAAAAAAGAAGUCAAGGCUAUGAUUAAAAAAGCGACUGCAUUGGAAUACAAGUUGCACAGGAUUACAAUAAGCAAAGAAGACUUCAUCACUUACAUUCAGCAUGAGAUUAACGUCUUGGAGCUGAUAAAGAAGAGAAGAUUGCGGAUUGGCUACACCUUUAAGAGAGAAGAGAUUGAGUUCCCUGUCAUAAACAGAAUACACAACGUUUUCAGACGGGCAACUGCAAAGUGGAAGGAUGAUGUACAGCUGUGGUUAUCUCAUGUUGCUUUCACUAAGAAGUGGAACACGAAGGCUCAACUCAGUAAAAUUUUCUCCUCAUUGCUGGCCAUCCAUUCAGACAAACCAGCUCUGUGGAUCAUGGCUGCCAAAUGUGAGAUGGAGGAUCGGAAUUCAUCAGAGAGUGCCAGGCACCUCUUCCUGCGUGCUCUGCGCUUUCACCCUGAGAACAAGAAGGUCUACCAGGAGUACUUUCGCAUGGAACUGAUGCAUGCAGAAAAACUUCGGAAGCAACAGAAGGAGUUGGAACAAGCACAGAUGGACUUGGGGGAGUACGAGUUUUCUCCUGAGAUCAUGAAUGGAAAAUUGGCUGAAGUUGUAUACAAAGAUGCAACAGAGAAAAUCAAAGAUGUCGAUUUUGUGCUGUCCCUCUUGAAAAUUGCGGAGAUUUUUGACUUCACAAAGGAACUGAAGGACCUUAUCACCCAAGACCUGCAGAGCAGAUACGCAGAUGACCCCCUCACCUGGGACUACAUGGCCAAACGGGAGCUUGAGGCAGGGUUAGGAGCAGGGAUGGGGGCAGAGCUGCCAACAGCCAAGGGCAGGGCGACGGACAUAGCCAGGAGGGAGGAGCGGUGUUGCCAAGUGUAUGAGGAGGGCUUGAAGAGUCUCAACACAGAGGCCAUGUGGACAUGUUAUAUCACUUUCUGCUUGGACAGAUUCAAGAGGAAAACCAAUGUGCAGGAUCUGAAGGAAAAGAGGCAGGCCAGGCUUCUGGUAGUGUUUCAGAGAGCCCAUGACUCUUCGAUGCUUCAGGAGGCUUUAUACAGGAAAUGGCUGCAGGUCUUGGUUUCAGCAGGGGAUGCUGACAGUGCUGCUCAAGUCGCCAUAGCAGCCACAGAACGCUUCAGCCAAUCAGUGGAGACCUGGAGUUGUAGCCUGCAGAUAUCGGUGCAGCUGGGGAGCGCCAACGCUGGCAGGCUAUUCCAGGAAGCCCUAAAACACGUGAAUCCCAAGGAGAGUCUGCCACUUUGGCUGCUGCAGGUGGAGUGGAGUGCCUCUUCCCAGAAUCCAGAGGAGACAGAAAGCCUGUUCCAGAAGGGUAUAAUAUCCCCAGUUCCUUCUGUCUCCACUGAGAUGAAGGAGAAAUACCUGGACUGGUCUUACAGAACCAGUGGGUACAAGAAGGCCAGAAAGACAUUCACAAGCUUGAAUGAGAACCGCCCUUUCUCCAAGGCAUUUUUUACCAGAAUGAUCCAAAUAGAGAAGGAACAGGAUUCCCCAAAUAUGAACAACCUGAGGGACUACUAUGAGCGGGCACUCAGGGAGUUUGGCUCUACAGAUGAUGACCUGUGGCUGGAUUACAUCAGGGAAGAGCUGAGCACCCGCGGAAAGGCAGAGAACUGUGGAAGGAUCCACUGGAGAGCCAUGAAGAGCCUGGAGGGCGAGCACGUGGAGCGCUUCAUCGCCAAGUACACACUGCUGCAGACAGGACACAUCUAGAGACCAUCUCUGCCAAUGACCAGGAACUCGCAUUCACCACAAUCCUCUCCCUUCACUGCUGCUUCUGGGAGAUGACCUGAAAUUGCAAUCAUGAACCAGGCUGUUCAGAUACUGGCUGUGUGUUCAUUUGGAGACCUUUUUGUCCAAGGUCUGCCAUUGGUCGUUGUUUUCACAUUGGUCGAAAAGUCAGUGUUUUUGGUUGAUUUUGGCAUAGUUUGGUUCAUGGGUCGUUGUGUGUGUUCAGUGACUGCAAAUGGAUUCCUCAUGCUGGAGUCUUGCAAUAAAAUGACAUUUUAGGAACUUGUUUUUAAAAAAAUCCA